AUGGCUCCUCCGCCGCCAGCAGACUUGCCGCUCACCGAGAGGCUGCAGCGGGUGGCCUUGACUUUGCAAUUCGCUUGGUUCUCCGGACAUGCGGCUCUCCUCUUCUGCAUCUUCCGAUACUCCUUCUCAUGGAUACGCAUGAACUACUACGGAGGGGUGGCCCAGUUCUGCUACCGUUUUGCCUUCCUCUCGGCGGCUGGGACCUACGGGAUCGUAGUUUACAAGACGUGGCGCGCCCGCCAAAAGACCGGCGCAAAGCAACCCGGGGGUGUCUUGGGCUACCUUUCCGACGAGAACGUUCAGUACCUUGUGAUGGCGUUGGUCUGGCUCUUCAUGCCCCAGUACCCGCUUGCCCUCCUCCCCUAUGGAAUUUACUCCAUCUUCCAUGUCGCUACGUACGUCGGCUCGACCAUUGUGCCGACCCUCAACCCCCCCACCAAGGUCGCUUCGCCCGCCGGUGCGUCGCCGGGCGCUAAGCCGCAAUUCACCCAACACCCGGCUUCGGAAGCCAUCAAGUCGUUUGUCAAGCAAUACUACGAUUCGUCCAUGUCGGUGGUCUCGAGUCUCGAGAUUCUCCUGUGGAUUCGCCUUCUCCUCGCCGUCAUUUUCUUCCAGCGCCGGUCGUGGAUUCUGAUCGCCCUCUACACUGCUUUCCUGCGCGCCCGUUUUGCCCAGAGCAGCCACGUGCAGAGCUCGUUCUCCCAGCUCGAGGCCCGCAUCGACAACCUCAUCGGCGCCCAGGGCACCCCGCCCGUGGCUCGCCAGGUGUGGGACGGCGUCAAAAGCACGGCCAGACAGUUCCACGGCGCCACCGACGUCAACAAGUACGUCAAUGGCGCCGCUGCGCCCAAGAAGACUUCCUAA